AUGGAGAAGUCAAGCAAAGUCAUUAGAAAAUCAAUCUAUACUUUAUUGAAAGAUUUUCACUACUUCAACACUAACCCUGUAAUUAUUUUGCUACCCUUUUCUGCUUCAUUUCUUCUUUUUCAAUCAAUUCAUCAAUCUAAUUUCUUUGUUCUUCCAACAAUUUAUCAAUUUCUUGAUUUAAAUUUUCAUCAACUCACAUGUAUUUUUCUUUUUGUAAGUCUUGCUUUUACACUAAUAUCAUCACUUAUCAUAGCAAAAACAUCCAUAAUUCGAUAUCUAGAUGAUGAUCACCAUAAACCUAAUGUUUCAUCUUUUAUCUACAUAUCAAUUACCUUUCUUCUUCUUGUAGCUUUGGGUUUCGUCGAAGCAUCACUCGAUUUUUCGUUGAAAAAUCCGAUCUUUGUUCUAGCAACAAGAAUCGUACUCUAUACAAUUUUGAUGAAUACGAUGAUCAUAUGCAAUUUAUCACUGGUUAUUGCCGUUUCGGAUAAAGAUCUCAAUAAUAGCUAUUUUAAGGCUAUUCGAAAGGCUUGUUUGCUAAGGAAAAACACGAAUUAUUCAACGACGUUGUUGGCUUUUCCGAUCAAUUUUGGAGUUGGUGCUAUCCAAUAUUUGUUUCGGUAUCGGAUUGUGAGAGAUUUUUAUGUAAUCGGAAGGGUUAAUUUGAGUAUGGUUUUGGAGGGAGUGUUGAUUUCUUACAUGUUUUCAGUUGUAAUAGUUGUUGAUACUAUUGUUUGUUGCUUGUUCGUCAAGACCUUUUACAGCCAAGUCGAGCUGGUUAAAGAGAGUAGCUCAAAUGCUGAUAGUUUAGAUGAGAUUGUUUGA